UGGGCCGUCUACAACCAACCCAAACCCUAGUCCCACUAAAAGCCAACCCUUUUUACCCUCCUUCUAAAAGCGCACCCAAAUCUAAAAGCGCCCUCAUCUCUUCCCCCUUCUUUCUUCAUUUUCAGCAGAUCCCAAUGGCCCCAAAGAAAGACAAAGCCCCUCCUCCAUCAUCCAAGCCUGCAAAGUCUGGAGGUGGCAAGCAGAAGAAGAAGAAGUGGAGCAAGGGAAAGCAAAAGGAGAAGGUCAACAACAUGGUGCUGUUCGACCAAGCUACUUAUGAUAAGCUUCUCGCCGAAGCUCCUAAAUACAAGCUCAUCACUCCCUCUAUUCUCUCUGAUCGUUUGAGGAUUAAUGGAUCACUUGCUAGAAAGGCUAUAAGGGAAUUGAUGGCAAGAGGGUCGAUUAGGUUGGUUUCUGCCCAUUCGAGCCAGCAGAUUUACACUAGGGCUACAAACACCUAGAUUUUUUUGUUAUAAUUUUCCUUAAUUAGUCAUAUAUGGUAUCGCCUUUGCUGA